AUGGGCGCCCAGAACUCGAUCCUUCUCCCUCUUCAAGAGCUCUCAUCAGUUGAUGUUGCAGAGUAUGUAAAGGAUUUGGGUGAGAAGUUUUGGCCCUAUGCAGAUGCCAUCAAAACAGGUGGAGUCAAUGGAGCAUUCCUGACUUCCUUAACCAAGGAGACCUUUGAAGAGACUUUGGACUCUCUUGAGGUCAACAACCGUCUUCACAGAAGGAAGCUUGAACGAGUUCUCACCAAGAUAUUGUCUGAUCAAAAGGAUCAGUACUCAAAGCUUGGUUGCUUUACCACAGACACUGAAUGUUCUCUUUUCUCUUUUGACUUGGAUGACAGCAGCUCGACACGCCUUUCUUCCCGGACUACUUCCAGAAUGUCUGAUACUCAAAUUCGCCUCCAAGCUGACAACAGUACAACAUCCAACAAACCCAGCGUGUCAUCUGAUUCUUCGCAGCGCCGAUCCACCCAUUCUCGAACGGGGGCAUCGCAAGACCACUCCGGACAUCUCCACUGA